CCGCGACCGACGCACACCUCCGGCGCGUCUUCCGUGAGCCCUGCCCGUGCGGCACCGCUAUCUAGAAAGUGAAGUGAGCCUCUCCGGCCGGUGUAUCGCUGCCACUCCCCUCAGCACUUAGCCGGCAGCUAUCGGGCGCGAGAGAGAGAAAGCUGUUUAGCGAGUGCGGCCCGGCCCCGAGCGGAGCAAACAUUUUCUCUGCCCGCAUCCGAACGCAGUGCGGCUGAAAUUCUCCGCCGUGUCGCGAGCGCCUCUUCGUUACCUCAGCGGCCGGAGCGUUUUGAGCGUCGAGUGUUGUUGCCGCAACAGGGAAGCGAGUUCGCCUCUCCGGAGUGUCUUCGGCGCGCAAGUAAUUUGUCGUCGCUUGUGCCAACAGAGGCGUGGUUCGGUUUGUCCCCGGAGUGUUUUGUGUGUGCUAGCGGUGCCCACGCGGUGCGUGCCUCGCAUACGAUAUACGCUCGUGGGGCGGUGCGUGUAAUGUUGCCCGUGUGGCGGUGUUGAGGCAGAGCGCGCCGCGACCAUGCCUGUCGUGUGGGUCUACAUGAACGGCCACAUCACGGCGCGGGUGGAUGGAGGCUGCGACGAGGCGGACGAGUGCCCGCUGGCUGAAGACCCCUCGCGCUACCUGCAGCCGCUGCCCAAGCCGCCCCUGGCCAGGGCUCGUGGACACGCCCACCGCAAGGUGCAGAGGCUGGCGCAGUAUGAGCAGUACCUGGCCGACUACCUGGCAGAGACGCGCGCCGACCACGCCGACCAUGAGCAGCUCGUCAGGGCCUCCGCCAAGGCCAAGCAGGCUCUGAAGCGCGGACAGGAGGAGAGCGACCUUGAGCGCAUCCAGGACCUGUUCCCCAACGACUGCCUGCGUCUGUACGACAAGGAUGCCCUCACCAUGAAGAUGAAAGGGCUGAUCCGCAAGCGGUCGACGACGGCGGCGCGGCUGCAGCGCGCCCUGUCGGCCAAGGCGGCGAGGCCGUCGACGGGGAGCGAACCCAGCUCCCCCCAGCAGCAGCCGCAGCCGCAGCCGCGCGACAAGCGCCAGUUCCUCAUGGAGGCUCCCGUCACCUUCACAACGGGCGUCCAGAGCCAGGAGCGCCACCUCUUCCUGUUCAACGACCUGCUGCUCGUGGCCAAGGCGCGCUCGGGCGGCAACUUCAAGCUGAAGGACAAGGUGCGCGUGUCCGAGAUGUGGCUCACCAAACACAGCAUCGAGGACGUCAUCGAGGUGCACAAGUCGCCCGAGACCUCCUUCGUCCUGGGCUGGCCCACCACCAACGUCGUCGCCACCUUCAACACGCAGGCGGCCCGCGACCUCUGGUGGAACAAGCUGAACGAGGUGGUCAGCACGGAACGCGACAAAGAGCCCCGCUCCACCAACAUCCAAGUCGUCUACUAUGACGCUGCCACCAGCAUUGAAUACUGUAAAACAUUCAGUGUGAGCCCGGAAGAGACAGCUCGUGCCUGCAUCCGCCUUGCACUGCAGCACCUGGAGAUGCGCGGGCUGGACCCAGAUGACUUCCAAUUGUGGGCAAAGACAUCCCGGGAGGAAGCACCGUACCCACUAAUUGGGCACGAGCGUCCCUUCGCCAUCAAGCUCAGUUGUUUGCGUGACGGGCUCAGUGCUGAAGAGGGAUUUGACCUAGAUCACUGCAACAAUGUGCAUGGACCAGAUCCCCUAGCUAAAUGCCAAUUCAUACUCAGAAGCAAGCGGAAACCAGUAAGUGAAGCUACCUCAGGUUCCGAAAACAAAAAGAACAGCAAGAAAAGUCGGAAAUCCCCAAUGCGUAUCAGGCAGGUUUUCAGGCGCAGUAUGAGCAAAGGUGAAGACUGCACUGACUGCCCCCUUGGAGCUCUCUUUGGCCUGCCUCUUGCCAGGCUUAGCAAUGGAGAGACUUUACCAAGACCUGUGAUGGCAAUGCUCCAGCAAGUGUUUCUGAAAGGGCCCUUUACCCAAGGCAUCUUCCGGAAGUCAGCAAAUGCUCGUCUUGUGCGAGAACUCAGAGAUAAAUUAGAUGCAGGUGAAGAUAUCAGGUUGGAGCAUAUGCCCGUUCUUGUUGUAGCUGCUGUAUUGAAGGAUUUCUUGCGUUCCCUGCCUGAUCCGUUGUUGUGCUCUACGCUGUAUCCAUUGUGGAUGGAAGCAGUUGAGUGCCAAGAUGAACAAGAGAAACUUCUGAGGAUAAAAAGUGUUCUGGAUCAGCUUCCAAAGCCAAAUCUACUGCUGCUGUCUAUGUUUGUGUGUGUUCUGCACCACAUAUCACGUCGCUCAGCUCACAACCUGAUGACAGCUGCAAACUUGGGAGUGUGUGUGGGGCCAAGCCUUCUGUGGGCUGCAUCUCCAGCCACACUCACGCCAUCGUCUUCACGUGCGGUGCCAGCACUGGCAGAACUGCUUGUAGCACGUGCAGAACUCCUGUUUGGCCCACAUCUUCCUCUCAUGCUUGGUGAGCCACCCACUGAGAGGCAAGACAGUGGUGCUGAAGAAUCGGAUAGCCUCCAUUCAGGGGGCCUGCGAAGAGAUGAUUCUUCAAUUGAUAGUCUAGAGCGGGAGUUGCUUGAACCUUGUCCUCCACCACGCAAGGACAAAAUGUCACUGAGCAGGGACUCUGGGCUUACAAUGUCAGACUCCCAGUUGUAUACCCCUGAUGAGGAGGAAAGUGGCUCCAGCAGCUCUGGAUCUGGCAGGGCAUUGUACCCACCUGCUCAGCCUGCCUGCUACGACAUCCACUCUCAUAAUAAGGUGACAUCUUCAUACUCAGUCCCUGCAGCGGGGACGGCACAGAAUGUUGGUCACAACAAUGAAUCUCAAGUACAAAAUGUCCAGAGCACGACAAGAGAAUAUGUGAGAGUGUACAGUGGCUGGGAAGAACGGGUGCAGGAAUGUUGUCGCAAUCAAUCUUCUGAAGAUUCUAUAUAUGCGCGGCCCGGUCAGAAACAGGGUCCGAAUCAACCCCCAGGGGUUAUAAACCCAAACUUUCAGAGGCAAGACUGGUUCAGACAACGAUCCCACCUGAAGAGGCUCAACAGUGGGGGUACUGGCAGUCCAGCCAGCUCAAAGUCCAGCCACCAGUCGGGCUCGAGCAGUGGCAGCACGUCUUCUGGUGUGGGCGGACUGCACCAGCACAACUACCGCUCUACAAAUGUAACCAACCUCAUCAGGAGAAGUGCGUCGGAGGAAUCUCUUCUGAAUGAUAUUGGGGAUCACAGUGCGUAUGACACGGAAAAUGGACCAGUUCUCUACAAGAGGCCCGCACUGCAUCGGAAAGGACGUGCACCGCCGCCUCCCCCACCUGUUAACAGCUCUCCGUGUUCGGAUCCUGUGUAUUCUCAUCGGAGUCCGCCAACCCCGAUAGUGAGAUCAAAAUCGGCACACCAUCUGUGCAGUGAACCUGAAUCUCCGGUACUUUCUUACAACCAGGUGGAAUCAUCUCCAGUUGAAAACUGUGAACUCAAAGGUGACAUCCAAAUGAUGAGCAGCAAAUCACAGAGAACUGGGCAUCGCAGAGCAGCUCGUGCUUCAAUAGAAGACUGGUCCUUGUCACGCUCCACACCACACAUACCGGUACUAGAUGAAGUUGACCGGUCGUACGACUCUAGCACCCUUUCUGAUGAUGAUUCAACUCCACACGUGUCACGAUCAAAUUCACGUGGUAAAGACUGUGCGAGUGCAAAUUCUGCUUGGGACAAUGCUUAUGGGUCUACACCCUCAGAACUGUUAGUGCAUGCAGCACCUGUUAAUAUUAGAGAGGAAAGUUCGAGUGACUCGGACCAACCGUCUGAGCUACACAAACUUUCUUCAACACCCUCUGUACUUCGAAGAGUCAGUGCACCGGCAACUACGUCAGCUUCGACUCCUCUCCACGAGUCGUCGGCACCGCCUCUUCCUCCGAAGCGAUCUUCUGUCGAUGUAAAGCUGCGUCACCUUCCACCAGUGCAUGUGGAAACUGUGUCUCCGGCCAAUUCAGGUAAACUUUCAUCCCAGAUUUCGUAUGCAUCAAAAGAUGAAAAUAUGCAGUGGGAAUCAUCUGAACAAGUGCCAAGGAAGAGUUCGGAAUGUAGAGGUCGCAUAAGACAGAAGGAAGUUUCAAAUAGAGCAUCACAAAGAUCAAAAUCUUUGCCUCCACCACCCGGAGAAAAGACUCAAAAAGAGGAAGACUGUAAUACCACACAAAAUCAGGCUGAUCAAGAAAAAAACCUGAAGAGUGAAAUUUCGUGGAGUGUUUCCCACCUCCGAACGUUGUUCACAAAUGGUGUUCAGCCACCUCCAUACAGACCUCCCCCAAGUGUAAUCCCAAGCUACAGAGCACCAAUCACUACAUACCACCUUGGAGACAACAGUCAGUCAGAGCGUUAUGUGGUCUCUAGGAGUCUUAAUCUAGAUUCGACACAGAGACUUCGAAUGGACUCAACAGAUGAGGAAGAAUCAUAUGUGUGAAGGCAGGCUGUAUGUUGGUAAUAAUCAUGUACCUGAAAUAAAAGACAUUUAUGUUAGAAUGUAAAAUCUGUGGGUGCUUUCUGAGUGACUCAAUGAUAAAUUUUGACUGAAAUAAUUAUCAUGCAGUGUAAAUAUAACAUAUGUAUCAUUCUAUGAACUUUAUGUAACAGACUUUUAUAUAACAGAUAUCAUUGUAUAUUACAUAACAAAGCUUAAAUGAGCUGAUAUGAGAGUACUGUAACUCAAUAUCCACAGUGUGGAGAAUAUUUUUUUAUUAAUACAAAAACUGUCAAAUUUUUAAUUAUCUUUUCUAUUAAGUUAAUGAAAGUGUUCCAGUAGCUAGAGUAUCGGGAAUUGUGAGAGGAAAUGACAGCUGCAUAGAACUCCACAGAAGAAUUCUGUAUAUGGUACACUGGAAACACUUGCAAAAAUCGUGCAGCUACACAUACUUUUCUCAAAAAGUCUGUACCUGCAAAGUAUCAACUCUUAAUUAAAACUUUCACUCUCUUUUUAAUUAGCAUCAGAGUGGAGUGGAGUUAAAGAUGAAUGUAUUAAAGACUAACUGAACAUUUGCUUCAAUGUACAUGCCACUGGUACUAGUCAGCCGAAGUCAGUCAACCAUUCUUCAUAACACAUUGAAGAAAUUUCUCAGGCAGAAUAUGUAUAUUUAUCACAAUUUAGUUCUUGCUGAGGUAAUGAUAACUCAGUAAUGUUCAUUUAUCACUAAUAGUGUUUACUGUCAUCUUUAUGCUCAUUGUUCCUGUAAAAAUGAGAUGAAAGAAUAUAAAUUUCAAAUAAAAUAAAUAUUGUGAAGACUUUUUGUACA